UCGGUAUAUAAUCGUGUGAAGAGUCAAACUGCUACCCUAUCUCUUUGUUUCCUUUUUUCCAUGGAGGAAGGAGAUCAGAGAGCACUGCAGCUAUUCCUCCCGACUUCGGUUUGUCUUCGGUCCGAUACGAAGAAAUCCUCCAUAGAAAAUGAUGCUUCCAACCAUCCUCUGGUCGAUCUUAAUCUGUCCAUGGGUUUCAGUGGGUUGGAUUCUUCAGAUGAGGAAUCCAAUCGCUACACAAAGAGAAAGAAGGAAUUGCAGCAGCAAGCUGCCGAGCAGAUUCGAGUUGCCACUGCGGAGAAUGCUUUUGCUGAGAGAAUGAGAGAGCUGACAAGGAGGGAGUUGGAACUGGCAGAGAGAGACUUUGCGCGAGCGAGAGCGAUAUGGGAGCGAGCAAAAGAAGAGAUGGCGAAGGUGGAGAGAAUGAAAGAGAUAGCCACCAGGAGGAUCAACUCCACCUGCUUGGAAAUCACCUGCCAUAAUUGUCACCAAAGGUUCCGGCCAUAGGUGACUCUUUCACAAUCGCAUUAUCAGGUAAACAACAAUCAUUUUUUUCUUAAAUUCUUCGAGCUUAAUGCCCCAGAUCAAGUUCAAUAGCCUGCGUCUGCUUCACUUGUUCUCGCAAUUUUUCUUUAUCCAUUUGAAAUGAACCAGCUUCCUUGCAACUGAACUGAAAUAAGAGAAGAUUGUUUAUGUUUUUGUUGUUGUUGUAGAAAAAAAAUUAGUUCUUCCAGUUAAUAAGGAAAAUGUUUACAA